CCUCAGCAGUAUAGUGCCCGUGAACGUUGCGUGCGUGUGCGUGGUCCGUCCGUAGUGUACAUUAAUCAAAAGCGAUAUUGUUAUCAGAACGAUAUGGUAGUGCAAAGUUCGACCGUCUCGUCGCGGGUAUCGUGAAAUAAAAAUUGAAAGAUAAAACCGACGUAAACUACAGCGCGUGUGGUCCGUUUAAUUUACGUUAGUCGUUCUUCACUCAUAUUAUUACAUCGUAAUCGUCCGAAAACGAUCGCGACCGUCUGUGUCGAGUGCUCUUGAGUGUUUGCCGAUUGGUGAAAAUGGUAAAUUAAUAUAAAUUCGCGAGUUCAGUGCCCGUGAUAUAGUGUCGAAAUCCGCCGUCGUCGGUAGUUGCUCAAUUUCUUUUUGUUAUUAUCGUUAUGUUUUAUUAUUGUUGUUGUUAUUAUUAUUGUGACGAGGUGAAACGAUACGUGUUAAGUGUGUGCAAAUUUUGAUCGUUCGACCGGUGGUAACAUACUUAUAUAGUAUAAUAAAUUUAAUUCGUGCGUAUGAAUAAAUUUCAAUAUAUUUCCCAAAAGUAAAUAUGACAACUCGCUGCCUAUUAGCUUUAGAAGUGCAAUUUAAGUGGAAAUCACAGCGGUGGCACUCAUAAAUAAAUAAGGUGUAUCUAUCGGUUUUCGCAAAUGACACUGCAAACGCAUCGGACAGCACCGACAACGCGACUGGUGCGAAUAAGACUUUGAGGGGCCUCGAGCCCCCGUGGGAUGGACUGCCGUGGCGACGAGCUCAUCCAACACAAUAACAGAACGGCGGCACAAGCUGUGCCUUUUCAAUACCUUAUCAACGAACAGGCAAAGUCUAUCCUCGCUCUACAGGAAUUACAGAAUGAGGUCGGCGCGCUGUUGGAGUUUAGGGACCUGGUCAUGGACACGUUCCCGCACCUGCGUCACAAGCAGGCGUCCAGCCCGGAGCCGAGCUCGGGGUCACAGGGCGUCGGUUCCGGGGAGAGCCGCUGGGAGCCCGGGGUGCGGGUCCGCCGGAAGUUGCAGGGCCCAUCGUCGGGAUGGAUCGCCGGCAGCAGCGGGGGUGGUGGAUCCGGUGGCGUCGGACUGGUGGCCGCGACUGGGACGGCACCGCGGAGCCGGAGCAACAGUCACGGGAAGGGCCCGAAAAGCGGCGAACCGGCGGCCGCUUCGUCGGUGGGCACCGUGCAGGACAGCGGCUUCUGCACGGAGAGCAAAGACAGCAGCUCGACCAGUUCGCGGACUACGAUGACCACCAAGAACUGCGGUAAGGACGACGACGAGGACGAGUUGUGGAGCCUACUGGAGAUGAUCCAGGACAAGGGCACCAAGCUCAAGCUGGAGGUGGAGUCGCUGCAGAACCGAUUGCUGGUGGACGACGAGCGGCUGCGGCGACGCCAACGCCGGUUACGGUUGCGGCCGUGCCGUAGCCUGGACGACCUGCAGCCGGGACCGCGCGACGGAGACGACCUACGCACCUGCUGCAGCGGCGCCGAUUACGACGUGUUCCGGGUGCACGUGGCGAACGUGAAACGCGAACGGGACGCGCUGCUCGACCGGGUCACGGAAAUGGAAGCGGAGAGCCUGUCGAACGCGGCGCAGAUCCACCGGCUGCUCGCCGAACUCAAGGCCGUCGUGUGCGAGAACAGAGAGCUCGAAGAACGGCUGUGCGGUGGAAAGUCGCCAUCGGCUGCCGCGGCCAUAGCUGCUGCGACGAUCGCGGCGAGAAAAUCGUCAUCUAGUCAUAACGGCGGCGGCUUCGCUCCGGUUCAGCCCGAAUCGUCGACGGGGCCCAGCUCGUCGUCGGCCGGCCGCGACGCGUUCUACACGCCCAGCCAACAUUCGGCCUGCAACCUGUCGUCCAUCGAACUGCAGUGCGGCAAACUCCACGACGGUUCGUCGUCCGCGUCCUGUGCGUCGUUGUCUUCGUCGUCCGCCAUCAUUGACGACGACGACGACCGGGAUCGGGACCGUCACCGGUCCAGGAGGGUCCUGCUGGUCCGACCAUCCGACCCUAUAUCUCGGAACCUCGAGGGCCGCGCUCAGUCGCCGGCGUUGGAAAUUGGGUCACCCACGUUCGCCAAGCGAUUGGGUGCCCUGGACGGCGUCGUCAGCAGUCCUGGCGACAGGAUUGGGAAACCCCCUGCACCGGGAUUCAGCACGCCGUUGCCCAAACGAACGCUGGCCGCCAUACUCAAAACGUUCAAUCCAAUCGAACUCCAGCGCCACCUCAUCACCGUAUCCUAUGAGAAUAAGAAUCUCGUCCGUCAGAUGGAGAUGUUGAACAUUUCGAAGAGCAACGUUUCCAACGAACUGAACAAGAGCAAAGAGGACAACGAAGAACUGAAAUUCCAACUGGAGGAGAAGCGCAUCGAGCUGGAAGGGACUAUGGCCCGGGUGAGGUUGUUGCAGUUGCACCAGGAACAGCAGCAACACGGUCCUGUCGUCGCGGGAUCGCAAUCGGCCGGCACCGCAUCCACCGCCGCUACAAACAACCAGUGGCUGGACCUGGUUCCAUCGAAUCCGAUUCUACCUCAGAUUGCACUGCCAGGAACGCCGUCAGCGAUGGUCUCCACACCGCACGCGAACAACAACCACCUGCAACAACACCACCACCACCAUCACCACCUCAAUCACAGCCAGGACGAAAACGGCGGCAGCAGCAGCACCGAGUCGGCUCAUCAGACUCGCAGCGGCGGCAGACACGGCGCGCAGCAUCAGCCCAGCAAGAUACCGGUGGUCAAGCCGUCGUCGUGCCCGGUGCAGCCCAGGCCGACGUCGUCGUACCGCGGCGGUGACGCGCAACAAUGUCAGUCGUGGACCAAGUGCAAGUCGGACCAAUCGUUGCCCCGCAACUGGGAGUCCAUCAACAACAAGAGCAACGGCGGUUCGUCCAUCGGCAGUGGCGUAGGCAGCGGCGUCAAACAGCGCGGUAGCAAAUCCGAAUCGUCGCAGAAUCACCACUUGCAACAGCACAGAUCCCGAAGAGAUUCGGCCGGCGGCGGAGCGUCGCUGACGCGAGCCAGAUCGCAAAACAAUCACGCGCACCAACGCACCAGCGCGGCGGCUGGCGGCGCGGCCAAAGACUUCAACAGGACCGCGUCGGCGGCGGUGACCGCAGGUCAUCAGCUGCAGCAACUGCAACAGCCGGCGGCCGACGAUACCAACAAGCCCGCUGCCAAGAAACUCUUCCGGCGCCGUAACCUCGUACGGCAGAGUCGUGGCUUGAUGGAAGCCUGCAAAAAGCCUGUCCUGCCAGCCGUCGAUGAAGUACAAGAGCCGCCAGACUCCAUGGCCGUCCGAUCUCGCGACUUGGACGACGGGGAGGACGACGAGUUUUUCUUCGACAGCAUUGAAAGUAGUCUGGCCACGAGCGCCUGCAGCUCUAGACCGCCUCCGCCCGAAUGCGAUUCCAUUGAUCUGUCGCAACCAGACUCAUCGUUGACAGCCACUUGACCAAUGACGGUUUUCGUCACAAUAAUAUAAUUAUUAUUAUACACAAAACACUUAGAUAUUUUGCCUAUACGACGACGAAAUAGAAAAAAAAAUAUUGUAUUUUGGCAUUUUUUUUUUUUUUUUACUUUCGUCUACCGCAUAUAUAAAAUUUACAUCGUCACCCUCAUAUGUAAUACAACACACAUAUCAUCAUCAUUGACACCAUCGAAAACAUCACAAAAUUCAAUCCUUUUCGCGUCCUCGUCACAUCAUCUAUUGUAUAUUAUAUACCUAUUAUACUACUCCACAUCCUGAUACGAUAUUUUGGACUUGACGAUGAUUAUUGCCAUAGCACACGCGCAUAUAUGUACACCAUAUUAUCAUAACGAGUAUAAUAUAUCUAUAUAUCUAUAUAUGUAUAAUUUUUUUUUAGUGUUUUUAUGUUUCAAAUCAAUGUUUUGACAAUAAAUCAUUCGUUUGCCAUCGUUACACGAUAAUUUAUCUAUAUAUUAAUAUGAGAUUAUACGUCUAUAUAAUAUUAUACUAUAUCGUCAUACUUUUUGUUAUAUUAUUAUUUUUUGUUUAAUUAGUUUUGUGGUGCUCUAUUACGGUUGGAGAAAUUGAAGUGUAAUACAUAUUAUUAUACAAUACGCGUGUUUACUGCAGUACCUACCCAUAUAUAAUAUUACGAGUAUUAUGUAAUCGGAAUAAAAUGUAAGUAUUUUUUUCCGUCCGAGUCUCGACAUUCCAGACAUUAACAUAUUGCAUAUUAUUUUUAUUUAUAUUAUUGUUUUCCAUAAAUCAUAUUUAUGUUAUAAAUUUAGACUGAUUAUUGCGUAGUAAUUGUAUAAUCUAAAUUCCAACCCCGUCGUUUUUCUCGUUAGUCGAUCCUCUCACCCCGCGCCAUCGAGAAUUGAUUAUACAUUUUCUAAUACAUUUGUUUUUAGACCCGUGGGUUUGUUUUCAUUGCAAACUUUACGCGGAAAACAGUGUUCUAUUUUAUUGUUUACACGCAUUGAAAAUAAAAAUACAACGCAUAAAUCCACGGUAAUGGGAUCGUUUAUUAUCUCCCAUUCACUGUGCAAUAUAACCAUCAUCCUUAGUCCACCCUACCACCCUUUUUCUCCAAUACAAAAUGUUAUUAUAUACUUAGGUUUAAUGAAUAAAAACAAAGCUCACUGAUGAUAUAAUACUUAUAUAAUGUAUAUAUAAGUGUCACAUUUAUUAUUAUUAUUUAAAAAAACAUUAAAUCAUAAAUUAUUAUUAUUAUUAUUAUUGCGUAAUUUUGUAUAACCACAUAAAAAAUAUUUAUUUUUAAAAAGAAAUUUAUAUCUAAUAUUAUAAUUAUUAUUGUUAUUGUACCUAUAUAUAUAUAUGUUAUUUAUGUUGUAUAUGUAUUUUUUCUUUUCUUUUUUUAUGUAGUGUUAUUAUAGAUAUAAUAUUUUUGUGUGAAAAAAAGUAAAUACACAUGUGUGUUAUAAAACAGCUGAUAUUAUAUGUGUAUGUUUUUAAAAGAACUGUACAAUAAACUCGUGAUCUUAGUCAA